CAACUCUGCAGCAAUCCAUUGAUUCCCGUCUCGCCCUCCCGUCCACCCUUUCGACGCAUAUCCCGAGGUUACAAUGGCUGGUAUCGCAACCUACACUAUUGCUGGCCGACAAGUCGGCGGCCACUACCUUGCCAUGGGCUGGUUGGCUACCCUCUUCGGCGGUGCCUACUACGCUGCUUCUGGCCCCAAGAAGCCCGCCUCUGCCACCGCUGCUCCCCCGAUCAACGCUUCCAGCUCUGACGAGGCCGACUUUAUCAACUUAGACUGCCGGGAGCAUAACGGAAUUGGUAGGCAAUUAUUGAAGCCUCGUAUUGAUUGGCUGAGGGUGUUGAUGCUCGGAGCUUCUGACUGGUGGCUUUACUUGAGCUUCAAUUGGCAGGCGUCUAAGGGAUAUAAGCAUAUACAAAAGACGAGCUGUCUCGCCAUCCCCGUUAAUGCGAAGACGCUGCUUAGCCGGCAGAACCGCGUAUCCAACGACCACAGAGCCACUUGCUGCAAACCGCCCUCCAUGGCCGUGCAACAAGCAGCGCAGAGGCAGCAGCCAACAAGGCCGCCUAUCAGCGGGCUGCCGCCGCUGGCAAUCCAGCGCAUCGCGGAGCCAACAUGCAGCCUCUGCCGCCUCUGGAAACGCACAAAGGGUCGCAAUGCAAUCACCCGCCAACCUGCUAAAGGGAAAAACCACCACGAGAUGGCCGCCGCUGCGACUGACCCUUCGCUGGUGGGCGCCGACGGCAGCGACCUCUCGCCGUCCGUGGCCGGGCCCAAGGAGCGGCACUCGCUGACGCUGGACCAGCGGCGGGCGCUGCGGCGAUGGGCGAAUAACCAGACGAUCCGGCCGUCGCACAAGGCCUGCAUCGAGUGGUUCUUUGCGCAGUACGGCCAGCAGAUCAGCCAGUCCACCGUCUCGCACUCGCUGUCGCCCAAGUACUCGCGCCUCGACGGCGACAACCCGCAGCUGUCGGGCUCGCGCCUGCGCUUUGGCAACUGGCCCGACGUCGAGAAGCUGGUGCUGCUGUGGUACCAGCAGGUCCAGGCCGCGGGCCGCCAGCCGACCAACGAGGAGCUGGGCGAAAAGGCCAAGAGUAUCUUCAGCCAGCUGCCGCGCUACAAGGAGGAGAGCCCGCCCGAGUUCUCGCCGGGCUGGAUCCAUCGCUUCAAGAAGAGAUACGGCCUGCUGAUCAGGCGCCAGCGCCGGCACGGCGACGGAGGCAUCAACCCCGCCGAGGACAUUGACUACCUGGCCGACUGCGUGCCGCGCUUCAUGGCCAUCCAGUCCGACACGAGCCCGGCCGCGAUCCGGGAGCAGGUCCUGCGCGUCGUGGGCGUUGAGUCGAGCCUCAACACCUGUGCGCUGGUCAGAGACGAAAUCAUCCGGCGACUGGCAAACGCCCACGCGGCUCCGCUAUCGGCUCUGGCCCCCGUUGAGCCCACGCUCGCCCAGCCCCCGCCCGACCAGCCAAUGUACGAAGACGACGACCCCGAGGUGGUGCUCCAAAACGCCCUUCGGCAGCUGCAGCAGGAGGAACAGGCCGCCGAGGAGCAGGCCGCGGCUGUGCGCGAAGAGCGAGAUCGCCAGGAACGAGCCGCGGGGCUUCAGCAGCAGGUCAUGAUGGCCGCACCGCCCGCUGCCCGCGCACCCUCUGAUACCCGCUAUGCUACGCCCGGCCACGACAUUUCCCACGACUUGACUCUCACGCCGAUUCAUUCGUCAGAGGUGCCCAUGGCUACUCACGACAGGCCGCUGCGAUGCCCCUUUUGUGUCAACCAGAGAAUGCUCCGUUCCAUCAAGGAGGCCGUGGAACACAUGUCGACACAUGUCGUGGUAUGAUGAAAGUUGAAUGGCGUUGUGAUUUUAGCCAGCCAGGUAUCAAAUCUGAUUUUGAAAUGAUUUGAUGCCUUGUUUUUUUUUUUCUUUAAUUUAUUUUCACAAUCUGGGAGCUUGGCCGGCGGGGGGGAAAUGCAGGUCACGCUCACUUACGCGAACAUGGAGUUUGUCAAACGACAAGAGGGAAUUGUGGAGUUGUGGUGUUUCAUUUUAUGACUGUUUUUAUUAUAUCCAGACGGCAUCCGAGUGAAGCAACGUGUUGCCAGAAAAGCAAGAACAAUUAAGGCUCUAAGCUGCUCAUGUACAAUAUAUCUCAAAAUUGAUGGCGCAAAUUCCAUCUACAACUCCAAGACAGUCCCAGUUUAAAGCAUGUCCUCGUACUUCUAUCACAAAGGUCAUGAAUUACGUCAACAGAUGCAAGCACAAGCACCUAUAUAAGACCAGUGUCCUUCAAACGCCGCAAAAUCGCAUCCGCCUCUUCCUGAGCCUCCCGCUUCUGCAGCACCGCAAUGUCCGUCUUGCCAAUGUAAUUCUUCCAAAACUUCAGCCCCUCGAGCCCUUCCUCGCGACACAAAACGCCUUGUUCCUCUGCCAUGAGGAGCUCCUCCUCCGCCACACCCAAGCUCCAACCAAACCGCUCCGCCGU